AUGCCCUCACCAACCCCAAAUCGUCUUCUGCUAACCCCCAACUCUUCAGCGGGCGACCCACUGCCUACGAGACAACGACGACGAUACCGCCCCGGCACUGUCGCAUUGCGGGAAAUCAGGCAAUACCAGGCCAACACGAAGCUUUUGCUGCUGAAGCUGCCGUUUAUGCGCCUCGUUCGAGAAAUUGGAUUGAAUUGUCGUCCGACGGGCAAAGAGUUUAGAUGGCAGAGCCAGGCCAUCCAGGCGCUGCAAGAAGCCGCAGAGGCCUUCAUGGUACAUUUGUUUGAGGACGCGCAGCUGUGCGCUGUACACGCCAAGAGGGUCACCCUGAUGCAGAAAGACAUACAGCUUGCAAGGAGAAUCCGGGGCAUCUGGGGCGGCCUUGGCUGA